AUGAUGAUAAGGUUUCAAACAAAGAAACAAGUUGUAUGGAUAUAUUACUUAUGGGUGUGGUGGUGGACUACUAGUAUCUGUGUUAAAGCAGAAAAUGAUAGUUUGAAGGCAGGUGAAAUAUUAGAUUCCAACUCCACUCUAUGCUCUAAGCAAGCCAGGUAUUGUCUAUUAUUCCAAGAAAUAGUAUUCGGUUCAUCUGAUACUGAUAGCGAAAUUAAAUAUAAAUACUUGGUUGUAGAAUUUAAUGCUAGUAUAGAUCAAGGACCAAUAGUAUGGUUGUAUGCUAGAAACCAACCGGUUGUUACUGAAUCAGCGGUUUUAUCUCUUAACUACUCUGGUGUGCUCAAAAUUGAAUUUCAAUAUAGCAAAGAAAUAAUCAUUUACUCUUCACCUCAACCUAUAAACAAUACUGUGGCUACUAUGCUAGACACAGGUAACUUUGUACUUGAACAACUUCACCCCAAUGGAACAAAGACUUUACUGUGGCAGAGUUUUGAUUAUCCAUCAAACGUUUUGAUCCCAACGAUGAAGUUAGGUGUUAAUCGGAAAACUGGACAUAAUUGGUCAUUAGUUUCGUUCUUGAAUCCUUCCAUGUCAAUUUUGGAUGAAUUUAGUCUUGAAUGGGAACCAAAAGAAGGGGAAUUGAACAUGAAGAGACGCGGGAUAGUGUAUUGGAAAAGCGGAAAACUUGGAAAUAAUGGAUUGUUUGAAAAUGUUCCAGCAAAUGUUCAACAAAAUUAUCAAUAUGUUGUUGUCUCUAACAAGGAUGAAGAUUCUUUCAGUUUCAAAAUUAAAGACCGGAAUUAUAAGAAGUCCCCAAUGUGGGUUGUAUCCUCUGAGGGGAGCCUCGAGAAUUUGGAAGGAGAGAUUGGAGAUGCAGAUAAUUGUUAUGGAUAUAAUACUGAUAGAGGAUGCCAAAAAUGGGAUAUACCAUCUUGUAGGAAACCCGGUGAGGUGUUUCAGAGAAAGCUAGGCCAACCCGACAUUGACAAUGCUGUCAUCCAAGACAAUGUCAGUAUUGGUUACACUGAUUGUAAGGCGAGAUGUUGGAGAAACUGUGGUUGCAAUGGAUUCCAAGAAAUGUAUAUUAAUGGAACUGGAUGUGUAUUGUAUUCAUGGAAUUCUACACAAAAUGUUGAUUGGGAGAAUGAGAAUAAGUUUUACCUCUUGAAAAAGCCAGCAAAGUUAUCCCCAAAUCACCAUGGUAAAAGAAGGUGGAUAUGGAUAAGUGCAGCAAUAGCAACUCUUUUACUCACAAUAUGCACACUCAUUCUUUGGAUAGUAAUAAAGAAACAUGGAUAUGGACUUAAAGAGAAGAAAGCUAAAAGAAAGGAGAAUGAGGUGCAAGAGUUGGACACUUCCGAUGAAUUAUAUAGUAUCAAAAAUCUAGAAGAUGAUUUCAAGGGACAUGAUAUAAAAGUUUUUAGUUAUGCAUCAAUUUUGGAAGCAACUAUGGACUUUUCUCCUAAAAACAAGUUAGGACAGGGAGGCUACGGACCCGUUUAUAAGGGAAUCUUGGCAACCGGGCAACAAGUUGCUGUAAAAAGACUUUCAAAAACUUCUGGACAAGGAAUUAUUGAAUUUAAAAAUGAAUUGGUACUGAUAUGUGAACUUCAACACACAAAUCUUGUGCAACUACUUGGUUGUUGUAUUCAUGAAGAAGAAAGGAUUCUAAUUUACGAAUAUAUGCCAAACAAAAGCUUGGAUUUCUAUUUAUUCGAUUCUACAAAAAGGAAGUUACUCGAUUGGAAGAAGCGCUUCAACAUUAUAGAUGGAAUUUCUCAGGCAUUACUCUAUCUUCAUAAAUAUUCAAGACUAAAAAUCAUUCAUAGAGACUUGAAAGCAAGCAACAUACUUCUUGAUGAGAAUAUGAAUCCAAAAAUUUCUGAUUUUGGCAUGGCAAGAAUGUUCACACAACAUGAAUCAAUAGUAAAUACCAAUAGGAUUGUCGGGACAUAUGGAUACAUGGCUCCUGAAUAUGCUAUGGAAGGAAUUUGUUCUACAAAGUCUGAUGUCUAUAGCUUUGGAGUGUUGCUCCUUGAAAUUGUUUGUGGAAGAAAAAACAAUAGCUUCUAUGAUGCUGAUCGUCCACUAAACCUAGUAGGACAUGCAUGGGAGCUAUGGAAUGAUGGCGAGUAUACGCAGUUAAUGGAUCCAUUAUUAAGUGACUCAUUUGUUUCUGAUGAAUUGAAAAGGUGCAUUCAUGUUGGUCUCUUAUGUGUAGAACAAUAUGCAAAUGAUCGACCUACAAUGUCUGAUGUUAUAUCAAUGUUGACAAACAAAUAUGAACAUGUUACUUUACCAAAAGGGCCAGCAUUUUAUGUUAGAAGAGAUUUCUUGCAGGAGGAAACAACUUCAGAAGUUUUGGACACUGACACCUAUUCUACAACUGUAAUUUCCUCUUCUGAAGUAAAAAGGCAAGAAAUAAGUUUACCUGGUAUAAAACAUUGUUGA